AGACAUUAAAGUCUCAGUUUCUAUAAGAUGAAGGGUAUGUGCACGUUGAAAAUCGCAAUAGUGAUCUGGUUCCAAUUUUUGGUACAAGUGUUCGCUCAAAAUGAACAAGCAGCCCUUGUCUUCAACAGAUUCACCAGCUCGCUGUAUGAUAUACCAUCGAGUAUGAAAAACGUGGAACUUUGCGAUGCUUGGGCUAACGCUUGCCCAGCACAAGACCGCGCUGAGAGAAAAUUUGUGAAAACGCAGACGAUCACUGAAAACGCUCUGAUUGUAAAACAAAUAUGUGAGAAAAGACAAACGCUGGAUUCUGCUCCAUUCCGGAGGAACAUUUGCAGAUACGGGUAUCAAAUUUCGGCGCUUUUCCGCAAGAAUAAUUGGUCUUUCGAGUUUGGCUACGAGAUUUACUUCAGGAUGAGGCACGAAGAAUACUUUCAUACAUUUUACGAUCGUAAACAGUACAUCAAGCUUGAAGAUCUAUUUGCGUCAGUGAAUGAAAAAAUGACUUGGGAAACCUUCUUUCACGCGAUCAAAGAAGUAAAACGCUCGCUAUUCGGCAAAGACAAAAUCGUUUGGUUUAACGACGAUCAUAAAGUGCAUUUUAUGUGGAUUCGGUUAUUCAAAAUUAAAUUCGAUUUCUUCCGAUGGACACCGCAGAAAAUCCAUUAUGAGAUUCGUAACAAUAAUAGAUGGCCUGUUUCCUGGUCUUGUGAGGAGUACAGCUUGGCUGAAGAGGCCUACGAAGGUGUAGGUCUGGAUGAAUUAUACGCCGAAGCUAAUCAAGAAAUCAUAUUUUCCAAUUUACUGCUACCCGAAAAAUCAUCUGAAGCAGUUUGCGGAGGUAAAAAUGGUAAAGAAUGCCUGAGUAAAUGGCUGUUAAUACCAAUUGAUCAGUUUCACUUUGGUAGUUAUCGAGAUUCGAUUUGCUCAAAUAUGGCUACUGUUCCUUUAUGGUCCAGUACGUUGGAACUGGUGAUGAAAAAAUUGGAUAAAUUUUUGUACGCUUUGUUUCGAGAGCUUGGAACCGGAUUGUAUAUCACAUCGGGCAUACACGGUAAAUUGCACUUGCCGAAAAUUAAAAGCAGACUCUUCAGAGAUAAGACAGCAGCUGUGUAUUUAGAUUCCGAAAACUCGAAAAUUCCAGCACCCGAUAUAAUUUUCAAAAUCGUCAAAUACAAAUUACCCAAGUGCUCGGAUAAAAGUGGAUGCUGGCUUUCGGCCACAGUUAUCCUACACAACGAUCCGCAUUUCGAACCAACUAGCGACAAGAAAGUCUGCAAACAAGACGUGACCUCAGACUGGGGCUGGGAUGAGGUGACUAAAUUCACGAAGCCUGAGUUAUUGAAUUCUGAGUUCAAAUCCAAGUACAUCUAUGUUUGUCCAACCAAUUCUGACGUACUUGAUCGCAUAGGUCAAGGGAAAAGUUUGUGGAGAUGGAGAUGGAGAAAGCAAAAAUUAUCAGAUUUAAAUUUGAACGGUUUUGUGGAGUUUGAUCACGAAGAGAAAACCGAUAAACCAGUUCCGGUAGAACGAAAUGUGUAUGAAAGGAUGCUAACUUUGAACAGACUUGAAAAUAAAGUCAGACCAAGAACGCCUCUACAAGGAUUGCAAGAGGGUGGCGAGAAUGGCAGUGAUGAUGGAGAAGUCAAUGAAUUACAACGGUUAACCGAGCUAAUCGAUCCGUCUCCGAAGGAUAUUAUUAUUGAAAGACCUCAAGCUGCACCUGUUCGUGAGAUUGUUAAUGAAGAAGAUACCGAUGACGAGAGAGAAAUAUCAAGCACUAGGGCCCAUCCGUCAUCCCCAGUUGACUCCGAUGAUGAUUUACCAUUUAGCACAACAAUAAAAGGGCAGUCCUAUCCGCUGGGAUCGGAUUCUGAUGAUGAUCUGCAGUUUUUCCAAGGAGAUGGGAAACAGCCUGCAGUCCCUUCAAUGUCUAUUGAUUCGCCUGGAAGUCAUCGCUCUCCCCGUAGAGAUGAACAAUCAACGACUACAUAAUUUUUCUAUAGAAUCGAAAAGUAAAAUAGUUCUUGUCGAAAGUCAAUUGUCGAUACCUACAGAAAUAACACACAACAUAAAAAUAUUGUCAUUAAAUUUCAAGUUCACGUCUAAUUUUCAAUAAAUGCCUCAAAUGAUUUAAACUGUUCCGCAUAUACUUACACUGAAAAUUCGUAUUUUAGUCACUUUUGGGCAUUUGAGUAUCGUACAACAUUCUUGGAUCAAAAAACCAAAAAAUAAAUGAAAAUCAAACUUCAUGCAAUAAAGAGGAAUCAUAACCGCGCGAAGGCUCACUUGAGGGUAUUUAUGGACACCGAAAUUUAUUAUGAACUGUGUAAAUGUCCUUUAUUCGAUCACUUCUUCAAGUAAAACGCUGACAUUGAUAAUCCGGAGGCGCGGCGUAAGGACAUUUGAGAAAUAAUCAGAAGUUGGAAAGGAAGAAGAAAGAUGUUUAAAAUGUGCCAAAAUUCAAGAGUUCGUUCAUUUUCAAACAUUUUGCCAUCACGUUGACUUCUUCGGUAUUCAAAAAAUUUUGCACCAUUUUCAAAUAAUUUAUUGGUUUUUAACCAGAUUUUACACACUUUUUGAUAAAUUUCACUCAAAUUUCACCUAUUGGAAUUUUUUUAACGAUUUGAGUGCUUCUCACCCGUUUUU